UGGAGCCCGGAGGAGGGCACGGAGGGGGGGACGGCGGACAUUUUGGUGGGCCCCGCAGGGCAGAGCACUCUGGCCGGGGAGCGCCCAGCACCUCCUAGUACAUGUGCGCCUCGUAACUGAGCUGAGACACUUGCGGUGUCCACAGCCCUGCAGUAGCAUAACUGAGCCACUGGCACUGAACCACGCUUCCGUUUCCAGUGCGUCCCAAAUCGGGACUUCCGGUUGGUGCGGAAGGGGCACCAACGACCACCAGGUUCUCGGCAGAGCAGUGGGGAGCUGGCGUAACUGACAAGGGUCAACCAGGUGCCUGUGUGAGGAUGAUAAUGAAGAUAAUUCCAAUGAUGGGACCCAGCCAUCCAAACGGAGGCGGAUGGGCUCAGGAGACAGCUCUAGGAGCUUUGAGACUUCUAGCCAGGACCUCAGAUUUAGAGCGACGAGAUUUGUCCCAUAAGGAGAAGCUCUACCUGAGAGAGCUGAACGUCAUCACAGAGACGCAGUGCACGUUAGGGUUGACAGCUCUGCGCAGUGAUGAGGUGAUCGACCUAAUGAUCAAAGAGUACCCCGCCAAGCAUGCCGAGUACUCGGUCAUCCUGCAGGAGAAGGAGCGGCAGCGCAUCACCGACCACUACAAGGAGUACUCCCAACUGCAGCAGCAGAGCACGCAGAGGGUCGAGGCCAGCAAGGUUCCCGAGUACAUCAAGAAAGCGGCCAGGAAAGCAGCGGAGUUCAACAGCAGCCUGAACCGGGAGCGCAUGGAGGAGAGAAGAGCUUACUUUGACUUGCAGACGCACGUGAUCCAGGUGCCUCAAGGGAAGUACAGAGUGUUACCGACAGAGCGGACCAAGGUCAGCUCCUACCCAGUGGCCCUCAUCCCCGGACAGUUCCAGGAGUAUUACAAAAGGUACUCGCCGGAUGAGCUGCGCUACCUGCCCUUGAACACGGCGCUGUACGAGCCCCCGCUGGACCCCGAGCUGCCCGCGCUCGACAGCGAUGGCGACUCAGAUGACGCCGAAGACGGGCGUGGCGAUGAGAAGAGGAGAAGCAAAGGCACUUCGGACAGCUCCUCCGGCAACGUGUCCGAGGGUGAAGGCCUUCCCGACAGCCAGGAGGAGCCUUGCCCGGGCCGACCGAGACCCAAGGACAAGGCCGCCACGCCCAGGAAGGACGCUUCCAAACGUUCUGUACUGUCCAAGUCGGUUCCUGGGUACAAGCCAAAGGUCAUUCCAAAUGCUCUAUGUGGAAUUUGUCUGAAGGGUAAGGAGUCCAACAAGAAAGGGAAGGCUGAACCACUCAUACACUGCUCCCAGUGUGAGAACAGUGGCCACCCUUCUUGCCUGGAUAUGACCACGGAGCUUGUUUCUAUGAUUAAGACCUACCCUUGGCAAUGUAUGGAAUGUAAAACUUGCAUUGUAUGUGGACAGCCCCACCACGAAGAGGAAAUGAUGUUCUGUGAUAUGUGUGACAGGGGUUACCACACUUUCUGUGUGGGCCUCGGUGCUAUUCCAUCAGGUCGCUGGAUUUGUGCCUGUUGUCAGCGAGCCCCCCCAACACCCAGGAAAGUGGGCAGAAGGGGGAAAAACAGCAAAGAGGGAUAAAAUAGAUUUGACCCCAAUAUUGUAAUAUGCAUUUAAGUGACUUAUUUGGUGCCAAUUCAUUUACAAUACUCAUUUUUAUGCAAUAAAAGAUUUUUGAACUUAACUAUGUGCUUAGAAUCUGCAAGUUGAU